UUUGAAAGCUCGAAGUCGACCAGCGCCCACCCUUUUGGUGCGCCGGGGAUGAUGAUGCUCAGAAUCGCGGCUUUCCUGGUUUCAGCGGCUGGAGCGACGGCACCCAACUCGGACUGGUGCGCAUGGGUGCCCAAAGGGGCUUUGCAGUAUGUCAGCGAGUGCAACAGUACUGUCAAAGUGGCUGACCCACUGUCGGCGGGAUGCGGAGUAUGGUGCCCCUGGGUGCCGCAGCCUGUGUGGCAUAACAUCACGGUGUGCCAGAGAUGCGAGAUGGCAAAGAUCUCCUCCGAGGUGGCCAGCCCGGGAACUUCUAGCACGGGCCUGAAGGUCAAGCAGGCGGCACCGGCGGUGUAUCCUGCCUGGUGCGCCUACGUGCCGUGGGCAAGUUUGCCAAAGGUCCUGCCAUGUGCUGGUUACAAGGAUGGCUACGGCCGACCGGUUGAUGGCUACCGUCCCGACUGCCAGGGCUGGUGUCAGUGGGUUCCUGGCCCCUCCUGGCAGUUUGCACCAGGUUGCAAGGGCUGCACUGCUGGUGCGGCGGACUACGUGCCAGCUGGAUUGGGAUGUGCCAGUUGGUGCGAGUGGGUGCCACGUGCUUCGUGGCAGUUCACUUCAG